CACUGAAAUGUCAAACGCAGCAGGUAGUAGUGGAGGAGAAGAGAUACCGAUGAGCCAUAUCCGAAGACGAGUCAAUAUUAGUGAUGAGGAGGCUUCAGAGAACAGAGGACCUUCCUCCUCUCAGACUCGUCCUCCUCCUGAAGUUUCCACUAUCAGCAGUCAGAGUGAAGUGGAUGUCAGUGAUGAUGAUGAGGCUUCAGAGAACAGAGGACCUUCCUCCUCUCAGCCUCGUCCUCUUCCUGAAGUUUCCACUAUCAGCAGUCAGAAUGAAGGGACUUCAAGAAGCUCAGAGUCUGGAAGCAUUACGGACUCCAGUGACUGGACCACACUUGAACCUGAAGUGAACAGUCCAGAUGCAGAUGAAGCUCCAACUUACAGCCUUCAGUCUGAAGCAGGAAGGUUUGAAUGUCGUGUCUCUAACUUGCAAUGGGUCUGUAAAGAAAAAGUCAGCUUUAAGUACCAGUUCGGCACUUUGCCAGAAUACAUGGAGAGAACAGAACGUUUAGGAUACAUGCCUGCUGGACCCAUACUUGACAUCACAGUCAUAUCUGGGAAGUUAAAUGAAGUGUACCUGCCACACUGGAUCUGUACAGAUGAUUCUACAAUAUCAGACAAGUUUGCAGUACUACACGUUGAUGAUGCGUGUGGGGAUGUUGUUGAAGAAGUGUCUGAGGUCACACCACACCAUGUCAAGUUAUUGGAACCAACUUUCUCUCCAAGAAUGGUCCUGGUUAGACUCGGCCUUCCAGUGACAAUAAAGUGCAACGUGUUAAUAUACUAUAAACUGAAGCGAUCCCUCAACCUACAUGUGUACCUGAUCCCACAUGAUCCUGGUCUACAAAAGACAGUGCAUCAGAGGGAAAACAAAGAUGGAUACAAAGAAAUAAGAAAGCCACAUCCAGACAGGUACCUGGGAAUGGAACAAAUAUUCAUCCUCACUGCAGACAUGAACACAGCUAAAGUCACCCCCCCUCAGGGAUUAACCCUCAGAUAUCAUAGCAGUGAACCAAAUUUCUAUGAAGUGGUCAUUAAAAAUCCAGACAGAGACGUCAACCUUAAACUCAAGAGGGAAGAACCUGUGUCUGAACCAGUGUGGACCUGUGGAAUUGAAGAAGAUGACUAUUCAAACUCUGGUGAAGGUGGCGCUGAAAUGCAACGGAGGAUUCAUGUAGAGACACUGACUCCAGCGGACUCCUAUCCUCCACUGACUCUUAGUAGUGGCAGAGAAGAGAUGCAGAUGAGACCAGAGGAACACCCUGCCUUUGAGCAAUCUCUAUUCAUCCAGGAAGAGGAAGACGACACAACCAUCAAAGAGAAAAUUCUGAAGCUGCUGCAACGUUUGUCAGAGGAAGAAUUCAAAGACUUUAAGUGGUAUUUGCAGAAUGAAAAGUCCCGGCCCAUCCCACAGAGCAAACUGGAGAAGGCAGACAGGACACAUGUGGUGGAUUUAAUUGAGCAGACUUACGGCCAUCAGGCUGUGAAGGUGAUCAAGGAUAUUUUCAAGAAAAUGAAAAGAAAUGAUCUGGUGAGGCGGUUGUGAGACAUCAGCUCAGCAUCCAAAAGUAAAUUAUGAGAAAAGAAAAAAAACACAGAAGUGUUCUGUUGAGUGGCAAAAAACAAUUCAUUAUUAUUAUUUUCUCCAUUUUCAUUAUGAAUCAGAAACUUUGUGUACAGGUUCUGGUCUGCAGUUCUUCAUUGUUACUCUUUAUGUUAUUGAAUCAGGGAGGGGAGGGGGGCGUUGCUCAUAUAAUGUAAAUGAAAAACAAAUAAUUUGUUUCAAAAUGUAUUUGUGUUAAAGACUUGAGGAUGUCUGUCUCAUAACUAUACCUAUUAUAGACUUUUACUGCUGAUUUCUGAGUUUGCUCUGAUCCCCUCUGCUCACUAUCUGAAGGAUUUUGGGGCAUUUUGAUGAUUGUUGCAUUUGAUUAACAGAACAAAGAAUUUGUUUUUCUGGAACAUGAAUUUAUGACAUCCUUGAUAGGUAUUUUUAGAGUCCAAAAAUAAUUGUCUAACCAUUUGAAAAUUAACAAUAAGCAGUACACUGCAUUACUUUUAAACUGCAUCUCAAGUUGAAACUUUA